AUGUGUGACAUGGGGGGACUUGAGAACCUGGUGGCCAACACGGCCUACCUGAAUGCCCAAGGCGGAGAUGACAAGGAAUUGAGGAGACGCCGGCGGAGCCUCCUCCUGCCCAGACCUGAGCAGUGUGCAGCAAUUCGUUCAUCCAUUCCCCUUGACUUUGAGCAGGUUUGCGAAAGGCAGCCCAUCGGGAAGAAGCUCUUCAGACAGUUCCUCCUGGCCUCCAAGCCGGAGUAUGCAGCUGCGGCUGAAUUCCUGGAUGAGCUGAACGAGUGGGACCUGGCAGAGUCGGGAUCGAAGGACAAAGCCAGGCAAAACAUUACGAACAAGUUCUGUAAAGCCGAAUCCAGCAGCUUCCUCUCCUACUUGAGCGGAGAUGUGGCGGAUAAAUGCAAGGCAGUUUCGGAGAAGGACUUUGAGGAGGUCAUGAUGGGGAAAGUGAAGGAUGCCACUAAGGAGUUUCUGAAGGGUAAACCUUUCACCGAGUUCCACACCAGCUUGUUCUUUGACAGGUUUGUCCAGUGGAAGGCGUAUGAGAAGCAGCCAAUUUCAGAGAAGUACUUCUACGAGUUCAGGACUCUGGGAAAAGGCGGGUUUGGCGAGGUUUGCGCAGUGCAGGUUAAGAACACAGGCCAGAUGUACGCCUGCAAGAAGCUGGACAAAAAGCGUCUGAAAAAGAAAGGUGGGGGGGCGAUGGCCAUGCUGGAGAAGCGCAUCCUGGAGAAGGUGAACAGCCGUUUUCUGGUCAACCUGGCAUACGCGUAUGACACCAAGACCCACCUGUGCCUGGUCAUGAGUUUGAUGAACGGAGGAGACCUAAAGUAUCACAUCUAUAACUUGGGCGAGCGAGGAAUCGAGCUGAACCGCGUCAUCUACUACACGGCUCAGAUCACUGCCGGCCUCCUGCACCUCCAUGCCAUGGACAUCGCCUACCGGGACAUGAAGCCAGAGAAUGUGCUGCUGGACAGUCAGGGCCAGUGCAGGCUGUCGGACCUUGGGCUCGCCGUAGAGCUGCCCGGUGGGAAAACUAUCUGCCAGAAGGCUGGCACCAGUGGGUACAUGGCUCCUGAGAUUUUGAAGGAGGAGCCGUAUCGUAUGUCAGUGGACUGGUGGGCUCUGGGAUGCAGCAUCUACGAGAUGGUUGCAGGCCGACUGCCCUUCAAGGACUACAAGGAGAAGGUCCAGAAGGAAGAGGUAGCACGGAGGGCCCUGGAGGACGAAUGUAAGUUCAAUCAUAAGGGCUUUGAUGCUGCGACUAAGGACAUAAUCAGCCUCUUCCUGAAGAAGAAACCUGAAGAACGACUAGGCUGCAAUAGGGACGACCCUCGAAAGCAUGCGUUCUUCAAAUCCAUCAGCUUUCCUCGUCUGGAGGCGGGGCUUAUCGAGCCUCCCUGGGUACCCAAGCCCAACGUCGUCUAUGCCAAAGACAUGGGGGACAUCCGGGAUUUCUCUGAGGUCAAAGGGGUCGAGUUUGAUGGCGAUGAUGAAAAGUUUUUCAAAGAGUUCAGCACUGGCGCAGUGCCAAUUCCAUGGCAACAGGAGAUGAUUGACAGCGGACUCUUUGACGAGCUUAAUGACCCAAACAGGAAAGAGUCAAGUCGGGGACUUAAGGAGAAGAAGCCAUCAAAGUCUUGCACUCUUCUUUGA